UCAGAAGACCGUGAGGAAAUGGGAGUGGUCAAACAGCGUUUCCUAUACUUCAGAACUUCUGGCUCUACCGACGGUGAUCCCAGCAGAAGAGGAACCUACCUACUACCUACUCUUUUUAUUAGCGGCAUCAGGAUGUUUUACACUUGUGGACCCAAUGAAGCCAUGGUGGUGUCUGGCUGUGGACGUGCUCCACCUCUAAUGAUAGCUGGAGGGAGAGUGUUCGUCUUCCCAUGUAUUCAGAAGAUUCAAAGAAUCUCUCUCAACACCUUGACUCUAAAUGUGAAGAGUGACAAAGUCUACACUCGCCACGGCGUCCCCAUCUCUGUCACCGGCAUUGCACAGGUGAAAAUCCAGGGCCAGAACAAGGAGAUGCUGGCCACUGCCUGUCAGAUGUUCAUGGGCAAAUCCGAGCGUGAGAUUUCCGAGAUUGCGCUGGAGACGCUGGAGGGUCAUCAGCGAGCCAUCAUCGCUCAUUUAACCGUGGAGGAGAUCUACCAGGACCGGAAGAAGUUCUCCGAGCAGGUCUUCAAAGUGGCCUCGUCUGACCUGGUCAACAUGGGGAUUGGUGUCGUCAGCUACACGCUCAAAGACGUUCACGACGAUCAGGACUACCUUAACUCACUGGGUAAGGCGCGAACGGCCCAGGUCCAGAAGGACGCCAGGAUUGGAGAGGCUCAGUACAAGCGGGAUUCUGUCAUCAAAGAGGCCCGGGCCAUGCAGGAGAAGGUGUCUGCUCAGUACAAGAACGAGAUUGAAAUGGCUAAAGCCCAAAGAGAUUAUGAACUGAAGAAAGCGGCGUACGACAAGGAGGUCAACGCCAAGAAGGCCGAGUCAGAAAUGGCCUACCAGCUUCAGGUAGCCAAGACAAAGCAGUGCAUCGAGGAGGAGAAGAUGCAGGUUCUGGUGGUGGAGCGCACGCAGCAGAUCAUGCUGCAGGAACAGGAAAUAAUCCGCAAGGAAAAGGAGCUGGAGGCCAAAGUUAUGAAGCCGGCAGAUGCGGAGAGAUACAGGCUAGAGAAGUUGGCCGAGGCCCAGCGUGCGCAGCUCAUCAUGGAGGCUGAGGCAGAGGCUGAGUCCAUCAAAAUGAAAGGCGAGGCCGAGGCUUUUGCUAUGGAGGCCAAAGGCCGCGCCGAGGCCGAGCAGAUGGCCAAAAAGGCAGAGGCCUUCAAGCAAUACAAAGAGGGAGCUAUGGUGGAUUUGCUGCUGGAGAAACUCCCACUGAUGGCAGAGGCCAUCAGUGAGCCACUGUCACACGCCCAGAAGAUCACCAUGGUGUCCAGCGGCGGCUCAGAGGUGGGAGCAGCCAAACUCGCAGGGGAGGUGCUGGACAUCAUGACCCGGGUGCCAAGCGCCUUGGAGAAACUCACAGGAAUCGACAUCUCACAGGCUGCUGGGAAAAGGGCCCGCGCCCAUUAAGGAGAGGACUGAGGGAGGCGCCUGAAAUAAUCCGUCACGCCAAGUCUGACAUCAUUGCGUCUGCAGCACGUGCUCACGCCAUUGAAUCAGCACCACCCAACGUUCCCAUUCUACCGUUUUAUCUGCAUGUUUUCCCAACAUUCUUCCUCAUUUGUGUCUUUUCAGCUGGUGGCCCUGCAUCUGUGCAAAGUCACACAAAAAACAGUCUAGUUGAAGGAACCACUCCUGUCUGUCGUUUAACCGCUUAGAUGUAUGCAGCGUUUUACUUUAAAGUGACUGCAGUUUCCCUGCAGAACAACAUUGUUACUAAAUUAAAGAAUAUGGAAAAUGGAAGCCUUUAGUUUUGUGCCUUUUAGACGAGUAAAACUCAGUGAGGUAACAUCAUGCUGCCUUCAAUCUUCACUACAGAAGUCUCAAUGUUCUAGUCAUUAUUAUAACAAAAUGUGUGCCUAUUUCCUGUAGUUGACAGCUACAGAGUGGACUGUAGAGUUGCUGAGGUCUUUAUCUGUGAAGUUUUGUGUAGCGAUGAAAAAUAACAAUCUUUUGUAAAUGUUUGAUCUACUGAGAAAUCCCUGCAGUAAUUAUCAUGAACUGUUACUUUAAAGGCUUUAAUCUACCUAAAAAUGUUUUUAAGGUCAGUCAAACAUAUGUCCUCCUCCAAAUCAUGUCUCUAUCGAAAGUGUUUUCCCAGCAAAAGGUUCCUCAAAACUCCGGACAUUCAAUCAGAGAGAUGCCAACCGGCCUGAAUCCAACAGCCCCUUCAAGGAGGCUUUAAAAUGCUGACUCUGAAAUGAGUGGAACGUAUGGAAAAAGUUAAGACUUUUCCUAAAGUAUACACGCUUCAACCAUCACCAGUAAUCUGACCUUCAACCUGCAGAUGGGUAAAGGAUCCAAAACGAACAAUAAAGUUGUAAUUUUAACCAUUAGUGGCACAAAAACGAUAUUUUUUUUUUAGGGAAAUAGCUAAGUUUAGCGACUUUCCUUUUUUUUUUGUGUGCAGUUGCUGCUGGUGAGUGAAAAGGUUUUCUCAGUUGAUGGGGGUGGAAGUUGUUGGUGGGAAGAUGCUGAGGUUUUCCUGUAUGAGCACUGAAAGUAUCUUGUGGUGGAAAAGCAGCAUUGAUGUUGAUUUGCAGCAGCAACCGUUUUUUUAUAUAGUUACAUCUUUUACCUACUGUUUUCUAAAGACUUGGUGAAUACGUAUGCAUAGAUAAUCUAAAGCAAUUUUAGAUUUCUUGUAAUAUUUUCUAUAUUAUGAUUCAAAACUCAAGCUGAGUUUUAGGUUUUAGCUGCUCUCUUUAGUUCAUAUAUGUAUUUAUACUGACUUAAUAUCCGAUUAAUAUUACUUUUAGACAUUUUCUAAAGUUUUUACUCUGCUUUUUGGAUUCUGUCGCCGCCAAGUGCCUGGUCAGACCCCUCAAUCAGACUGAGCUUCCUUAGGGAAACUCUCCUUCUCGUCAAACGGAUCUCAAGCCAUCGGUCUUCAGAUGAAAGCCAAACUAGUCUCAAUGCUUUUGUGUCUUACUGGGAAAAGGCAUUGAAAAUUUGUUGCAUGACUUUCUUAGUAGAAAUAAAUAUUUAUCUUCCAAGUAAAGUGAAGCUGCUUGUAUGAAUCAUCAAAUUUCUCAGUAGUAAACAAACAAAAUAAAAGGAUUUAUUCACUAAAACAAA